UAUCUUCUUCUUCUCUUUGAUUCUUCAAACCAAAGCAUAAACAAAUAUAAAGAUUCCUUUUUUGUUUUAUGGUUUGAUUCUUGGUCGCCUUCUCUCGCCCAACUUCACCUUCUCUGACAUAAUCACUACACCUUCCUUCUCUCAGUUUCUAUAUCAGAAACUUCAUCUUCCUCUAAAGUUUUUUCAUUUCAUAGUAAAUUCAAAUCCCUUUUGAAAUUUUUUGUUACUUUUUCCUUUGUUCGUGUGUUGAAUUUCGAUUUCAAAGACUUGGGUUUGUGGUGAAUUAAGGUUCCGUUUGUAAAAAAGAUUCCUUUUUAUUUGGGGGAAAUCGAGGAGUUCGUGUACGGAGCUAAGUUUUUUGCCUUUUUGAUGGUUGCAGAUAAGGUCUAAAAUCUUGAGGGAUUCAAAAAUUUCCGAUGAAUACACGUUAUUCCGUUCAGCCGGAGUUAUCUUCCAAUAAUAUCUCGAUCACUAUUUCAUCGUCUGCUUCGUUAAGCUCCUCACCCCGAGGCGAAAACAGUCAUGCUGCUGAUGGUAAUGCUCAAGAGAGGUCUCCAUCUUCGUUUUACAUAAGGUUGGCUAUGAAGGUAUCUAGAGCUAGAUGGUUUAUCUUUUUGAGAAGAGUGUUUCACUAUCAGAACGGUUCAAGAUCCGACCUUGGCUCCAAUCCUUUUAACUCUAGCACUUGGAUGAUGUCUGAGCUCAUUGCUCUGCUUGUUCAGCUCACUGUGAUAACAUUCACACUAGCUAUCUCCAAAGAAGAGAGACCUAUUUGGCCAGUGAGGCUAUGGAUCACAGGAUACGAUGUGGGAUGUCUUCUAAAUCUCAUGCUGUUAUAUGGUCGGUAUCGUCAACUAGACGUUUACCAAGGAAAUGGGUUUGUCCUCGGCGAUGUUGAGCAGCAACAGAGAGGCAGAGAAGAAACAAGGUCCUCUCACUUGAUGAACAAAUGCAGAACGUCGCUAGAGCUUUUCUUUGCAAUUUGGUUUGUGAUUGGGAAUGUUUGGGUUUUCGAUUCUAGGUUCGGUUCUUUCCACCAUGCUCCCAAGCUUCACGUCCUCUGCGUCUCUCUUCUAUCUUGGAACGCUAUCUGCUAUUCCUUUCCCUUUCUUCUCUUCCUCUUCCUGUGUUGCCUCGUCCCUCUCAUCAGUAGCCUCCUUGGAUAUAAUAUGAACAUGGGAUCCUCAGACAGAGCAGCAUCAGAUGACCAAAUCUCUAGUCUCCCUAGCUGGAAAUUCAAACGAAUCGACGAAAAUGCUUCUGAUUCAGAUUCAGAUUCAGCUACUGCAACCGAUGAUCCAGAGUGUUGUAUAUGUUUGGCGAAGUAUAAAGACAAAGAAGAAGUAAGGAAGCUUCCAUGUCAACAUAAGUUUCACUCAAAGUGUGUAGAUCAAUGGCUUCGUAUCAUCUCUUGUUGUCCUCUCUGCAAACAAGAUCUUCCAAGAUGACAAAGCAAAAACCCCUAAAAGCUCUCAAGAGUCAAAAGCUCUCAAGAGUCAAAAGCUCUCAAGAUUCAAAAUCUCUUAUUAAGUUCAAUACUUUUUCUUUACGGUUUCUUCUUUCAAAAUUUUAGUUUGGUUUGAAGCAAAGUCGAUUACUUGUGUGAGUGUCAAAUUUUUUGUACAGAAAGAGCUCACCAGUAAUCGCAAAGUACAUUGUGAGUAGAUGAUGCAAAUCACAAUGGCAAAACAUUUAUAGAAUAUUGUUAUAGUGUGUAUACUACUUCAUAUCAUUUUUACA